CAAAGAAACAUAUGCGCUUCUCAAUCUCCAUCUGAUACAAAAAUUGCACCAAAGAACCUCCUUUUUUCUCCCUUUCAUCAUCAAACGCCUUUGUGUUUCUGCUUUGCUACUGCACCCAAUGAUCCCAUCAAUCAUUUCCACUUAUAUAUCUCUUCUCAUCCUCUCCUCCUCCUUUCCAUCAACAAAACACAAUCCAUAUCUCCCUCUACUCUUCCCUUUCCUCAACACCUAAUUAACACAUGAUUCCGAUGGCCUUCCACCGCCUGUUUUUGUUUCUUCUUCUUGUGUUUUCGGCUAAUUAUAUCUCUUGCCGAGCAAAUAUAAGUAGUCAGUCUCAGUUCUUUGAUCUUUUCAAGAAGUCGGUAUCCGGGAAUUCUUUAUCCAACUGGGCUUCCGGCAAAGGGAACAGUUACUGCAAUUACACCGGGAUAGCCUGUGACGAUCAAGAAAAUGUCGUGCAGAUCGAUAUCUCAGGUUGGUCGUUGUCCGGGAGGUUUCCUGAAGAAAUAUGCUCUUAUCUUCCUGGAUUACGUGUUCUUCGGUUAAGAAAUAACAACUUCAUUGGCUCGUUCCCUCUUGGCAUCAUCAACUGCUCUUUCCUGGAAGAACUGAGUCUGAGCUCUAUAUAUCUCACUGGACCAUUGCCUGAUUUUUCACCCUUGAAGUCCUUGAGGAUUCUUGAUCUUUCUUAUAACCGUUUCUCGGGUAAUUUUCCUAUGUCAAUCACUAAUCUGACCAACCUUGAGGUGCUGAAUUUCAAUGAAAACGGAGAUUUUAACUUGUGGGAGCUGCCGGAGAACAUAACCAGGUUGACGAAACUUAAGUCCAUGAUCUUGACGACGUGCAUGUUGCGUGGAGAAAUCCCACCUGCUCUGGGAAACAUGACUUCUCUGAUUGAUCUUGAGUUAAGCGGCAACUACUUAGUAGGCAGGGUACCCAAAGAACUCGGGCUGCUGAGAAAUUUGCAGGAGCUUGAGCUUUAUUACAACCAACUUGAAGGGGAAAUCCCAACGGAGCUUGGAAAUCUGACAGAACUCAGAGACUUGGACAUGUCUGUCAACAAAUUCAUCGGCAGAAUUCCAGAAUCCAUAUGCCGGCUUCCGAAGCUCGUAGUCCUUCAGCUUUACAACAACACUCUUGAAGGAGAAAUUCCAGCUGUUAUUGCAAACUCAACAACCUUGAACACUUUAUCCCUUUACGGCAACUUUUUGACAGGAGAAAUUCCACAAAAUCUUGGAAGGGCGUCGGCCAUGGAGGCCUUGGACCUGUCAGAAAAUCGUCUGUCCGGGAGACUACCAGAAGGAUUGUGCAGUGGUGGAAAACUGAAUUAUCUUCUUGUACUUCAGAACUUUUUCUCUGGAGAACUUCCUGAAAGUUAUGCAGAAUGUAAGUCUCUUAUCCGUUUUAGAGUCAGUAGUAAUAAUUUGGAGGGGAAACUACCAGAAGGGAUUCUGUCUCUACCCCAUGUAUCAAUCAUUGAUGUGGGGUAUAAUAAUUUCACUGGAUCCAUUCCUAAAGCUAUUCUCAAUGCAAGAAACUUAUCAGAGCUGUUCAUGCAAGGAAACAGGAUUUCAGGUGUUAUCCCUCCUGAAAUCUCUCUUGCUGUCAAUCUUGUCAAAAUUGAUCUCAGCAACAAUCUCCUUUCUGGCCCAAUACCUUCUGAAAUUGGCAACUUAAGAUGGCUCAAUCUUUUGCUUCUACAAGGUAACAAGCUGAGCUCUUCAAUCCCCGAAUCACUCUCUUCCUUGAAAUCCCUCAAUGUUCUUGAUCUGUCGAGCAAUCACCUGACGGGGAAAAUCCCAGAAAGUCUCAGUGACCUGUUGCCAAAUUCAUUGAACUUUUCGAACAAUCAGCUUUCAGGCCCCAUUCCUCUCUCAUUCCUAAAGGGAGGAUUGCUGGAGAGCUUGUCAGGCAAUCCGAACCUCUGUGUGCCAGCCCAUCUCGAUUCAUCAAGCCCCAAUUUCCCCAUCUGUGCUCAAACUUACAACCGAAAGAAAUUGAACUGCAUUUGGGUAAUAGGCAUUUCAGUUGGAAUCUUGAUUGUUGGAACCAUCCUGUUUCUGAAGAGAUGGUUCAACAGAGACCGUGUAGUGCUGGAUAACGAUGACGCCUUCUCGUCCUCGUUUUUCUCCUAUGAUGUUAAAAGCUUCCAUCGCCUAAGUUUUGAUCAACGUGAGAUCAUCGACUCCAUGAUAGAUAAAAACAUCGUGGGGUACGGAGGAUCCGGGACCGUUUAUAAGAUUGAGCUGAACAACGGUGAAGUUGUCGCUGUGAAGAAGCUCUGGAGUCAGAAAUCUAAAGAUUCAGCAUCAGACGAUCAGCUGAUUCUUGACAAAGAACUGAAAACUGAGGUUGAGACUCUUGGAAGCAUUAGGCACAAGAACAUUGUGAAGCUCUAUUGCUAUUUCUCCAGCUUGGAUUGCAGUUUGCUGGUUUACGAAUACAUGUCGAACGGGAACCUCUGGGAUGCACUUCACAGAGGAAAAGUCCUCCUGGAUUGGCCUACUCGACAUCAAAUCGCUCUGGGGAUCGCUCAGGGCCUGGCUUACCUGCACCAUGAUCUAAUGCCACCAAUCAUCCACAGAGACAUCAAAUCUACCAACAUACUAUUGGACGUUGAUUACCAGCCCAAAGUUGCAGACUUUGGCAUUGCCAAAGUCCUGCAAGCUAGAGGAUCCAAGGAUUCUACGACCACGGAGAUAGCAGGAACUUAUGGUUACUUAGCUCCAGAAUACGCGUAUUCUUCCAAGGCAACCACCAAAUGCGACGUCUAUAGUUUCGGAGUGGUGCUAAUGGAGCUAAUAACAGGGAAAAAGCCAGUGGAGGCAGAGUUUGGAGAGAACAAGAACAUCAUUUAUUGGGUGUCUACUAAGGUAGAGACUAAAGAAGGGGCAGCCGACGUGCUGGACAAACGUGUGGUGGGAUCAUACGAGGAGGACAUGAUUAAGGUCCUUCGUGUCGCGGUACGUUGCACAUGCAGGACCCCAGUGCUCCGGCCGACCAUGAAUGAGGUCGUGCAGCUUCUGAUCGAGGCCGACCCGUGCAAAUUCGACUGCUGCAAGUUGUCCAACAAGACUAAGGAAACAGCAAAUCCCACCAAGCCAAAAAACCAGUUUGAUCUAUGAGCAUCAAGUACAGUACUACCACUAGCUAAAAAUGUUGAGGAACUAGCACUAUAUUCCAAGAAAGCAAAUUGCUGGGAAAUUCUUAUCUGCAUCCGGUUUGGAAAUAUCAAAUAAUGUGAAUUAUGUCGUAUUAGUAUAAUAAAUUUCAUAGCUAACAUGACUUAAUGCUCAUUGUUUGGUGUUUUUCUCCUUGGUGCAUAAUAGAAUUUCCUUCUAAUUUGUACUGUUUUGUUUUUCUUGAGAAAAGUAGGAGCACCAAGAAUCUAUCAUACUUUUUCUCUUUUGAUCCUA